UUGUGUACUGUAUAUUCGGCGUGCUGGUUCAUCGUAAUGAACAAGCAAAUCAAAUGAGUAUAUCCAGUUAUCUCGUAAAUAAGAAAAUAAACGUAAGUAUUUUCAUAGUUUACUGUGAAAUGUGUUGUUUUAUACGCCAAAUACUUUAUGUGGGGAAAAAUUCCAAACCACUCUACCAUUUCUUCGCACUCAAGGUCAUGCUCAUCAUACUUUGCCGCACAUAGACACCGACGGUGCGGAUUGGCAUAUCGGCAUGCUCAUGAAUAAUUCAUAUACACUGUAUUUACGCCAGAAUCCAAAAUGCCUUACGACUAACAUCGCUCGCUCUCACGCUCACUCGGGUAUCAUCAGUUCUCGUUGUUUGCCAUUAGUCUCGUCUCAGCCACCACUAGACGCGAGGCCUUAUCAAAAGGCUAAGCAGAGCAAGACUAAAGGGGCAGCUAUAACAUUGAAAUCUUUAACCUAAGGUUAGGUUUUUUAAAUGUCAUCGUAACUUUGAGUGUUUUUGGAGCUAGUUCAUAAAACUUGGACAUAAGAGUAAUCAAGUAUCACUAAACAUCCCUUGCAAGUUUCAGGUCACAUGACCAAGGUCAAAGGUCAUUAAAGGUAAAUAAACUUUGGCCAUGUUGUGGGUCAUUGUUGAAUUGCCAUCAUAACUUUGAAAGUGUAUGGAUAUAGUUAAUGAAAUGUGGAAAUCAUUGUUCAUCUUGCACAAGUCUUAGGUCAUCAAGGUCAAAGGCAUUUAGUGUCAAUGAAUGUAGUAUUCUAUUAUUAUAUGAAUGGUGUUGCCUUGUGAAUAAUUAUUUUAUAGUCCUUUGCCAAAGUCAGCAUUGCUGCUUUAUUGAAUCGCGUAAUGCAGGCGAGACUGCUUGAGGCGAUCCACUUGUUAUCAUUUUCAAAUGUUGGCAGGCCUGCAGCUGUCUCAUUUGACUUUGUUUUUCACAAUUUUCUUUUUUGUUGUUCGUUUACAAACUAGUGGAAUGAUGUUUCCUUUAAAUUGUGAAGCAUAAAAAUCAUUCACUUGGACUAAAAAAUAUUUUGAUUUUUUUUCCCUUGGAAUCUCAGAUUCGGUCAAUGUUUAGAAGUAUAAUGUAAUUCAGUAAUUUCUUUUUCUCUUAGAUUUCUAUAACAGUGCCCAAUAGCUUGCCAUUGUAUAUUUGAGACCACUCUGUGAUGCACAAAGGGCCCUGAUUACAAAUUGGCUUACUGAUGCAUAAUAUUGUUUUUCUUGUAGUUGUACCAGUCUACACCAGCAGCACUAAUAGCGAUUGGGAUCAGAUAUUAUUUGUAAUGGACAUACAGUGUAAUCUAUUUAUUGUACAUGAUAGCCCAAAUACUUGUAAUAAUAAUACGUAAUUAACUGUAUAUUUUGUGCACAGGAUACAUGGGUUGAAAUCAGGCAAAACAUUGAAGGAAUUCCGUGGUCACACAUCAUUUGUCAAUGAAGCCAUCUUUGCUCCUGAUGGUCAUCUUGCUAUCAGUGCUUCUUCAGAUGGUACCAUUAAGGUUUGGAACAUCAAGACUACAGAGUGUAUCAAUACCUUCAAGUCACUUGGAGGUUCAUCAGUUACUGAUAUCACAGUUAAUUCAGUCCUGCCAUAUCCCAAGAAUGCUGAACAAUUUGUUGUUUGUAACCGUAGCAACACUGUUGCAAUCAUGAACAUGCAAGGACAGAUUGUUAGGAGUUUUAGUUCUGGUAAGCGUGAGGGUGGAGAUUUUACAUGCAGCUGUCUUUCACCAAGAGGAGAAUGGAUCUACUGCAUAGGGGAGGAUCUGGUUCUGUACUGCUUCUCAACAUCAACAGGAAAACUAGAAAGGACACUGACUGUUCAUGAAAAGGAUGUGAUAGGUAUUGUGCCCCACCCUCAUAGCAAUCUUCUAGCCACAUACAGUGAAGAUGGACUCCUCAAACUAUGGAAAUCAUGAAUGGAAAAAACCUGCAGACAUUUUACAACAGUUUUCAGGGGAUCAGGUUGAGCGACAUUAGCAUUUUGUGAACUUGGAGUUUGACCACCAUGCUUAAUAUUAUGCCAUGAUAUCCUCUACACUUAAAAGAAUUGUUUUAAAAAUUGUAACUGUUACUUGAAUAUAUUAUACAUGUAAUUUAGUGGUUUGCCAAGUUAUCCCUGUUUUUUAUUCACUGAUCAAUAUCCCUUCCCCCCCCCCCAAAAAAAAAAAAAAAAAGAAGAAGAAGAAAAUAAUCGAAACUUAAGUACAAAUUGAUGAAUUGGCCCAGAAGAGUAUGGCAAUGGACCACUGGUAGUGAAUGAAUAAUAUAAUUUAAGUAGCAUUAUAAUUCAAAUGGUUUGACUGGUAUUUCCUGUUUGCCUCUGACAUUCAAAAUUUACAUGACUAUGAUAGUCUAAUAUUGAAAUAAAUGUUUAUUACUGUUUGGUCCAAAGUAAUCUGGAUCAUUUAAUGUAGUCUAUAUUACCAGUUUGUCCAAUAUCCAUGUGGUCUAUUGACCAUGUCGUCCACUCACCGUUUGGUCUAAUGUGAAUUAAACCUCGGUCACCUACCACGGUCGUACGGCGUGUCGAAAAUAGCAUUUUUAUUCAAUUUUAUUCAAACCCCCUAUAUGUAGCUGGUACAAAAAAUGUUGAAACGGCUGGUUUCGACUUGCAGCACUGCCGGCGUAGGGGAAAUGUGACUGAGUUAAAACCAUUUAGGCCAAUAACAAUUUGAAUUGAUAAAGUCUUUGUCCAAUGACCAUUUGGUCCAUCAGUCCAUUUGUCAAAUAGAGUAAUGGCUAUUGUUCUAUAAUUUUAUUCAAACCAUGUCAUCUAAUAUCCAAAUGGUCCAAUUCCCAAAUGGUCGAUUUUCCUUUGGUCCAAUUAUCAGAUAACAAUCUAUUCUAUCAAUCUAUCCAAUGCCCCUUUGAAUGUCUUUGACAGACAUAUGGCGCUAUACAAAUGCUGUGCAUCAUCAUCAUCAUUCUAGUGAUCAUUCAGUCUUACAUCCAAUCAAUGAAUGGAUCAUCAAGCACUGCUUCAUUCACAAUUCCAAUAACCAGAUUCAUUCACCCUCACUUUACUUAAUUACAUAAUUAAGAAUCAAGGACAGCUUUAAUUUUAUUGUGUUUAGUUAGUAAUAGGUAUUGUCCAUCACCUAGAAUGAAAUGAGUUUUGAUCAAAUAGGUGUGUCAAUGGGUCAGAUGCAUAAAUAGUAGCAAUUGCUGUUGCUAGUCUUUUGCUAGGCUUUUACUUGGCUUUUGCUUGAUUCCGUAAGCAUAAAAUUGAGCGAGCAAAUGUUUUUUAUAGUAAGUUAAAGCAAUUGCUGACUGCUAGCAUUUCCUUGACGGUUAAGCUAUUGUUAAAAAGUGUAUGCAUCAAGCGAGCAUUUCGCUUGUGCGUUUAAGCACUUGCUUGGGUUUUUUCAAGCUCUGUCAGAGCAGCUUGAGCGUUUGUUUGAUCAGGGUAUUCAUGUUUUUUUCAUCAUAUUUAUGCACUUGAGAGAGAACCCCAAGGUGUACCAUAACCUAUAUGUCCUUGUUUUCUUCCUAAUAAGUGCAAACCAAAUGCCACAUAUAUAAAUUUAUCAAAAAGAAACGAGUUGGUUUGACACCACUUCUGAGGAAAAGAUGUUACAGGAAAGAAUCGGUAAUUUGCACUGCCACAUUUUUGUGUUCGAGUCCCGCCUUUUCUGUGAGUCGCGUUCGCACCAGCGUGACGUCGCUAUUGUUCAAACAUUUAGCAAUUGUUUUCGGAAGGCAAGAAAAGGGUUCAAGCACUAGCAAAGUGUUAUGCAUAUGAAAUAAAGCAAUUGCUGAAGCAUGAUCUUUUGCUUGGCUAGCUAUUGCUUGUGCUUGAAGCAAUUGCUUGCCAGCAGUUGCUACUUUUUAUGCAUCUGACCCAUAGUGAUCACUUUUCCUGUUUGUCUGCUCCAAGAUAUUAAAGUUUUUGUUCAACUUGCUCUCAUUUCUUUAUUUUUGCAUCAAUUAUGUCAUCCUUGGGUAAUAUCACAUGUGAACUCAUGAGAAUGGUGGGGUCAAAGGUCAUGUAGGGGUCAAAAGGCCAGAUGAUAAAGGUCAUAUCCACCCUUUUUUAUUUAUACGCCUGUCUAGAUGGGACGUAUUAUGGUAUCACACUCGGUGUCCGUCCGUCUGUCCGUCCAUCCAUUAACCUUUUCCUUGUAAACGCGAUAACUUCAGUUUAACUUAACCUAGGCUCAUAUAAUUUGAUGUGUAUGAUACUAGCAUGGAUCCCAGGAAUCCUAUUGAUUUUUAGGUCCAAAGGUCAAGGUCACACUUACAUGUUUUCAUCUUACCCUUUUGAAGUUUUUGUAAACGCGAUAACUUUAGGUCAGACAGUCAAAGGUGAAGUUGCCACCUUCCACUUUUCUUGCUUGACCAGUAACUCCAUUUUCUGCAUUACAGGCGGGCAUAUUAUUUGCUCGCCUUAGCUUAGUUUUUGUGGAACUUGCUCUCAUUUCUUUAUUUCUGCAUCAAUUUUCAUCACACUUGGUAAAAAUAAACAUGUGUGUUCAAGAGGAUGAUAAGGUCAAAGGUCAUAUUGCAUAAUUUAUUGAUCGCAAAAUCAGGCGAGACUGGUACGUGAACCACCUUGUUUGAUGUGAGUGGGCAUUCUUGUGUUAUCAUGCUUUUGUCAUUUUUUUAUUGGAUUAUAUUGUACUUUUGUGUAUAUAGUGUAUGAAGUAUGAACAUGAUAAAUGCUGUGGCAAGAUUCUCCUUAAACACUUGGGUUAGUUUGUUGAUACUAACUCCAGAAUAUCACAAUGUUUCCUCUUCAAAUUUGUCAAUAAGGUGAUUUCCAUGCUAGAAAAAUAAACAAUAUUCACAACAUUUUUCAA